AAGAGAUUGUUAGAAUAACGCGCACAGCGGUCUAAGGUACACGCACAGCGGUCCGAUUUUGCCGUAUCUUUUUUUGGUUCUCCUUUUUCCCUCCCCGCCGAGGAGACAAAUCUGUGCGUGAGGAACAUGGUGACUGACUGUGUCCCGCUACUCUACAAGUAGACAUCAACAGUAUCUGUCUUGUGUGACCAAAGGGGCAGGGUGGGUUUGCUCUUUCCUCAAAGUAGCGGAUUUCUGUUUUUUUUUUUUUUGUUUUCUUUUUUAUGUUAAAACAGCUUCUAGUUUGUUUUCAAAAGGAACACGUAACGUGCACCCACUUGGCAAUCUGAAAGACACAGCAGACAUAAAUGGUGGAGGCCAUAGUGGAGUAUGACUAUAAGGCCCAGCAUGAUGACGAGUUGACCAUCACUGUAGGCGACAUCAUCAGCAACAUCAGGAAGGAUGAAGGAGGCUGGUGGGAGGGAGAGGUGGACGGCAGGAGGGGCCUCUUCCCCGACAACUUCGUCAGGGAAAUCAGGAAAGAGGUGAAGAAGGACCCCGCCCAGACGGCCCAGGCCACCCAGACCGGCGGCUCCAAGACGGACCUCUCAAACGGCAGCGCCAGCCCCGGGUCUGAGUCCAGCCUCCGGCCCGCCAAGAAAGGUGAAGCCAUCAGAAAGCGGCGAUGUCGAGCAGCGUUCAGCUAUAUUCCGCAGAACGAGGACGAGCUGGAGCUGAAGAUCGGGGACAUCAUCGAGAUCCUUUCAGAGGUGGAGGAGGGCUGGUGGGAGGGCUCUCUCAAUGGGAAAAGGGGAGUGUUUCCCUCCAACUUCACCAAGGAGCUGCUGGGAGAUCCGGGGGACUCGCUCACACCCCAGGAUGAAGUCCGCAGCACCAGGACCAGUGUGAAGGACAGCACUGGCUCGGAGAGCGACGGGGGCGACUCCAGCAGCACGAGGUCAGACGCGGGCAGCGUGACGUCCGGCGGCGAAAUCCAGCCCAAGAAGGUGCGGGGCUUCGGCUUCGGCGACAUCUUCAAGGACUGCCCCAUCAAGCUCCGCCCACGCUCCAUGGACAUCGACAGUGAGAUGGAGAAGCAGCAGCAGCAGCAGCAGCAGCAGCAGCAGGCAGUGAAGAAGCCACCUGUGCUCUCCGCAGCCCCUGAAACCAUGAAGGCGGAGCCUGACAGCAAGGUCAAAGCAAAGGAGUAUUGUAAAGUUAUAUUUCCUUAUGAAGCACAAAAUGAGGAUGAGCUGUCCAUCAAAGAAGGGGAGAUUGUGGCCAUUAUCAGCAAGGAGUGUGCGGAUGCCGGCUGGUGGCUCGGGGAGCUGAACGGCAGGCAGGGCGUUUUCCCGGAUAACUUCGUCAAACUGCUCGUCCCGGAUGUGGAGAAGGAGAGACCUAAGAAACCCCCACCCCCAGCCGCACCCACCGCAAAGCAGAACGCAGAGAAAAAGCCAGACGCUAAAAAGGUCCCGCCAGAACGGCCUGAGUCGCUACCCCAGAGAGGAGAGGAGAAAGCGGGGGAGGAGGUAAAGGCUGCAGACAUCCCAAAGCCAGCUCUCCCUGCCGUUCCCCCAAAGAAGCCCCUCCCCCCAAAAACGACCAACUCCCUGGGCCGGCCCUCCUCCUUCACCCCCAAGCGGCCGGAGAGACCAGAGAGACCUGCGGGCCCCACUGUGCCGUGCGAGGCCCCUAAGUGGGAAGGCGGGGGUUCGGCGCUGGAGAAGGGGUCCUCGGACAGGCCCCAUGAUAUCGACGUCGAGGACUUCGACUCCAUCGUGUCGUCCACGGAGAAGCUGAACCACCCGACGGCAUCGCGGCCCCGGGUGACGGACAGGCGUCCUCGCUCACAGGUCUUCACGUCUUCCUCUCUCUCCAGCCCUGAUCUCCUGGACUCUCCCAGCCCGGAGGAGGAGAAGAGAGAGAGGGGGAAGGAGGAGCUGGACUCACUCCCUCCCAAAGCUGGCGACGGCAAUAAGAAGGCUCCUGAAAAGUCUCCGCUGCCCCCCAAGCCUGUGGUGCCCCCCUCGUCUUCCAGUGCCAGCGCCCCCUCCACCCUCUCCUCGCUGCUGCCCACCCCCCUGGCAGCUGCCCUGCGCCCCCCCUCACCCUCCGCCCCGGACAGCAAGCCAAAGAGCGACCCGGGCCCCCAGGGGCCCCUCACCAUGGAGGAGCUGAGAGCACAGCUGAGGGACCUGAGAGGAAGCAUUGAGCUGAUGAAGAACCAGCACAAAAAAGAGAUUAAGCAGUUGAUGAAUGAGCUGGAUGAGGAGAAGAGAAUCCGUCUGUCACUACAGAUGGAGGUGGAGCACAUAAAGAAAGUCCUGUCCAAAUGAGGUCUCCCGCGCCGGCCGUCACAGCGACAGGGCCAGCCCAAACCCACGCCGCUGCCAAAAUAGAUUGUGCCAAAAAAAAAGAAAAGAAAAACAUAAAACCAACAGGAUCCCAGAAAUGAACAAACCCCCCACCCCCCCCAC